AUGGACUAUUCAUUUCGUUUGACAGAUGAAACCGCUCAGAUUAACGUUUGUGCCUACAUUACGGAAGAAGACAAGCUUCAAGAAUCGGAAUACCACACUCAAACUGCGCCAAGUGAGGACAAAAUAGAAGAAAAGCACGAGAAACCCAAAGAUCUGACUCAGGCUGCCACAUUUGAAGUCAAAGAAGAGGAGAAGCUCGAGAAACCCCAAGAUCUCACUCACGCUGCCACAGUUGGGGUCAAGCAAGACGAAAAGCUUGAGAAACCCGGAGAUCUGACUCAGGCUGCCACAGUUGAAGUCAAAGAAGUGGAGAAGCUCGAGAAACCCGAAGAGCAGACUCAGGCUGCCACAGUUGAAGUCAAAGAAGUGGAGAAGCUCGAGAAACCCGAAGAGCAGACUCAAGCUGCCACACUCGAGGUCAAGCAAGACGAAAAGCUUGAGAAACCCGGAGAUCUGACUCAAGCUGCCACAGUUGAAGUCAAGCAAAAGGAAAAGCUCGAAAAACCCGAAGAUCUGACUCAGGCUGCCACAGUUGAAGUCAAAGAAGCGGAGAAGCUCGAGAAACCCGGAGAGCAGACUCAAGCUGCCACACCUGAGGUCAAGCAAGACGAAAAGCUUCAGAAACCCGAAGAUCUGACUCAAGCUGCCACACUGGAGAUCAAGGGGGAAGAGAAACCUAGUGAAGCCGAACAAACGCUGACCGUUCAACUUUUCUUCAGCAGACAACAGAGCACAGCCGGACUCGAGAUCGACCUGGUCGUCGACACUUUCGAGAGCGAAGAGAAAUCAUUGAAGAGUGCGCGCAAGGAUGUUUCGAUAACAGAGAAGAACGAGCGAGUUGUCGAACUGGUCGAAGAUAAGACUCAAGCCGCCACAGUUGAGGUUAAGCAAGAGGAAAAGCUCGAGAAACCCGAAGAUCUGAUUCAAGCUGCCACAGUUGAAGUCAAAGAAGUGGAGAAGCUCGAGAAACCCGAAGAGCAGACUCAAGCUGCCACACUCGAGGUCAAGCAAGACGAAAAGCUUGAGAAACCCGGAGAUCUGACUCAAGCUGCCACAGUUGAGGUCAAGCAGAAGGAAAAGCUCGAAAAACCCGAAGAUCUGACUCAGGCUGCCACAGUUGAAGUCAAAGAAGUGGAGAAGCUCGAGAAACCCGGAGAGCAGACUCAAGCUGCCACACCUGAGGUCAAGCAAGACGAAAAGCUUCAGAAACCCGAAGAUCUGACUCAAGCUGCCACACUGGAGGUCAAGGGGGAAGAGAAACCUAGUGAAGCCGAACAAACGCUGACCGUUGAACUUUUCUUCAGCAGACAACAGAGCACAGCCGGACUCGAGAUCGACCUGGUCGGUGACACUUUCGAGAGCGAAGAGAAAUCAUUGAAGAGUGCGCGCAAGGAUGUUUCGAUAACAGAGAAGAACGAGCGAGUUGUCGAACUGGUCGAAGAUAAGACUCAAGCCGCCACAGUUGAGGUUAAGCAAGAGGAAAAGCUCGAGAAACCCGAAGAUCUGAUUCAAGCUGCCACAGUUGAAGUCAAAGAAGUGGAGAAGCUCGAGAAACCCGAAGAGCAGACUCAAGCUGCCACAGUUGAGGUCAAGCAAGAGGAAAAGCUCGAGAAACCCGAAGAUCUGAUUCAAGCUGCCACAGAUGAAGUCAAAGAAGUGGAGAAGCUCGAGAAACCCGAAGAGCAGACUCAGGCUGCCACAGUUGAAGUCAAAGAAGUGGAGAAGCUCGAGAAACCCGAAGAACAGACUCGAGCUGCCACACUCGAGGUCAAGCGAGACGAAAAGCUUGAGAAACCCGGACAUCUGACUCAAGCUGCCACAGUUGAGGUCAAGCAAAAGGAAAAGCUCGAAAAACCCGAAGAUCUGACUCAGGCUGCCACAGUUGAAGUCAAAGAAGUGGAGAAGCUCGAGAAACCCGAAGAUCUGACUCAAGCUGCCACACUGGAGGUCAAGGGGGAAGAGAAACCUAGUGAAGCCGAACAAACGCUGACCGUUGAACUUUUCUUCAGCAGACAACAGAGCACAGCCGGACUCGAGAUCGACCUGGUCGUCGACACUUUCGAGAGCGAAGAGGAAUCAUUGAAAAGUGCGCGCAAGAAUGUUUCGAUAACAGAGAAGACCGAGCGAGUAGUCGAACUGGUCGAAGAUGAGUCUCAAGCUGCCACAAAUGAGGUCAAGCAAGACGAAAAGCUUGAGGAACCCGAAGAUCUGACUCAAGCUGCCACAGUUAAAGUCGAAGAAAUGAAGAAGCUCGAGAAACCCGCAGAGCAGACUCAAGCCGCCACAGUUGAGGUUGAGCAAGAGGAAAAGCUCGAGAAACCCGAAGAUCUGACUCAAGCUGCCACAGUUGAAGUCAAGCAAAAGGAAAAGCUUGAGAAACCCGAAGAUCUGACUCAAGCUGCCACAGUUGAAGUCAAAGAAGUGGAGAAGCUCGAAAAACCCGAAGAGCAGACUCAAGCUGCCACAGUUGAGGUCAAGCAAGACGAAAAGCUCGAGAAACCCGAAGAUCUGACUCAAGCUGCCACAGUUGAAGUCAAAGAAGUGGAGAAGCUCGAAAAACCCGAAGAGCAGACUCAAGCCGCAACAGUUGAGGUUGAGCAAGAGGAAAAGCUCGAGAAACCCGAAGAUCUGACUCAGGCUGCCACAGUUGAAGUCAAAGAAAUGGGGAAGUUCGAGAAACCCGAAGAUCUGACUCAAGCUGCCACAGUUGAAGUCAAGCAAGAGGAAAAGCUCGAGAAACCCGAAGAUCUGACUCAAGCUGCCACAGUUGAAGUCAAAGAAGUGGAGAAGCUCGAAAAACCCGAAGAGCAGACUCAAGCUGCCACAGUUGAGGUCAAGCAAGAGGAAAAAGCUUGAGAAACCCGAAGAUCUGACUCAAGCUGCCACAGUUGAAGUCAAAGAAGUGGAGAAGCUCGAAAAAAACCCGAAGAGCAGACUCAAGCUGCCACAGUUGAGGUCAAGCAAGACGAAAAGCUCGAGAAACCCGAAGAUCUGACUCAAGCUGCCACAGUUGAAGUCAAAGAAGUGGAGAAGCUCGAAAAACCCGAAGAGCAGACUCAAGCUGCCACAGUUGAGGUCAAGCAGGAGGAAAAGCUCGAGAAACCCGAAGAUCUGACUCAAGCUGCCACAGUUGAAGUCAAAGAAGUGGAAAAGCUCGAAAAACCCGAAGAGCCGACUCAAGCUGCCACAGUUGAGGUCAAGCAAGACGAAAAGCUCGAGAAACCCGAAGAUCUGACUCAAGCUGCCACAGUUGAAGUCAAAGAAGUGGAGAAGCUUGAGAAACCCGAAGAUCUGACUCAAGCUGCCACAGUUGAAGUCAAAGAAAUGGAGAAGCUCGAGAAACCCGAAGAGCAGACUCAAGCCGCCACAGUUGAGGUCAAGCAAGACGAAAAGCUUCAGAAACCCGAAGAGCAGACUCAAGCUGCCACACCUGAGGUCAAAGAAGUGGAGAAGCUCGAGAAACCCGAAGAGCAGACUCAAGCUGCCACAGUUGAAGUCAAAGAAAUGGAGAAGCUCGAGAAACCCGAAGAGCAGACUCAAGACGCCACAGUUGAGGUCAAGCAAGACGAAAAGCUUCAGAAACCCGAAGAGCAGACUCAAGCUGCCACACCUGAGGUCAAAGAAGUGGAGAAGCUCGAGAAACCCGAAGAGCAGACUCAAGCUGCCACACUGGAGGUCAAGGGGGAAGAGAAACCUAGUGAAGCCGAACAAACGCUGACCGUUGAACUUUUCUUCAGCAGACAACAGAGCACAGCCGGACUCGAGAUCGACCUGGUCGUCGACACUUUCGAGAGCGAAGAGGAAUCAUUGAAAAGUGCGCGCAAGAAUGUUUCGAUAACAGAGAAGACCGAGCGAGUAGUCGAACUGGUCGAAGAUGAGACUCAAGCUGCCACAAAUGAGGUCAAGCAAGACGAAAAGCUUGAGGAACCCGAAGAUCUGACUCAAGCUGCCACAGUUAAAGUCAAAGAAGUGAAGAAGCUCGAGAAACCCGCAGAGCAGACUCAAGCCGCCACAGUUGAGGUUGAGCAAGAGGAAAAGCUCGAGAAACCCGAAGAUCUGACUCAAGCUGCCACAGUUGAAGUCAAGCAAGAGGAAAAGCUCGAGAAACCCGAAGAUCUGACUCAAGCUGCCACAGUUGAAGUCAAAGAAGUGGAGAAGCUCGAAAAACCCGAAGAGCAGACUCAAGCUGCCACAGUUGAGGUCAAGCAAGACGAAAAGCUCGAGAAACCCGAAGAUCUGACUCAAGCUGCCACAGUUGAAGUCAAAGAAGUGGAGAAGCUCGAAAAACUUGAAGAGCAGACUCAAGCUGCCACAGUUGAGGUCAAGCAAGACGAAAAGCUUCAGAAACACGGAGAGCAGACUCAAGCUGCCACACCUGAGGUGCAAGACGAAAAGCUUGAGAAACCCGAAGAUCUGACUCAAGCUGCCACAGUGGAAGUCAGGGGGGUAGAGAAACCUGGUGAAGCCGAACAAACGCUGACCGUUGAACUUUUCUUCAGCAGACAACAAAGCACAGCCGGACUCGAGAUCGACCUGGUCGUCGACACUUUCGAGAGCGAAGAAAAAUCAUUGAAGAGUGCGCGCAAGGAUGUUUCGAUAACAGAGAAGAACGAGCGAGUUGUCGAACUGGUCGAAGAUGAGACUCAAGCCGCCACAGUUGAGGUUAAGCAGGAGGAAAAGCUCGAGAAACCCGAAGAUCUGACUCAAGCUGCCACAGUUGAAGUCAAAGAAAUGGAGAAGUUCAAGAAACCCGAAGAGCAGACUCAAGCCGCCACAGUUGAGGUUGAGCAAGAGGAAAAGCUCGAGAAACCCGAAGAUCUGACUCAAGCUGCCACAGUUGAAGUCAAGCAAGAGGAAAAGCUCGAGAAACCCGAAGAUCUGACUCAAGCUGCCACAGUUGAAGUCAAAGAAGUGGAGAAGCUCGAAAAACCCGAAGAGCAGACUCAAGCUGCCACAGUUGAGGUCAAGCAAGAGGAAAAGCUCGAGAAACCCGAAGAUCUGACUCAAGCUGCCACAGUUGAAGUCAAAGAAGUGGAGAAAGCUCGAAAAACCCGAAGAGCAGACUCAAGCUGCCACAGUUGAGGUCAAGCAAGACGAAAAGCUCGAGAAACCCGAAGAUCUGACUCAAGCUGCCACAGUUGAAGUCAAAGAAGUGGAGAAGCUUGAGAAACCCGAAGAUCUGACUCAAGCUGCCACAGUUGAGGUCAAGCAAGAGGAAAAGCUCGAGAAACCCGAAGAUCUGACUCAAGCUGCCACAGUUGAAGUCAAAGAAGUGGAGAAGCUCGAGAAACCCGAAGAGCAGACUCAAGCUGCCACAGUGGAGGUCAAGGGGGAGAGAAACCUGGUGAAACCGAGACAAACGCUGACCGUUGAACUUUUCUUCAGCAGACAACAAAGCACAGCCGGACUCGAGAUCGACCUGGUCGUCGACACUUUCGAGAGCGAAGAGGAAAUCAUUGAAAGAGUGCGCGCAAGGAUGUUUCGAUAACAGAGAAGAACGAGCGAGUAGUCGAACUGGUCGAAGAUGAGACUCAAGCUGCCACAAAUGAGGUCAAGCAAGACGAAAAGCUUGAGGAACCCGAAGAUCUGACUCAAGCUGCCACAGUUGAAGUCAAAGAAAUGGAGAAGCUCGAGAAACCCGAAGAGCAGACUCAAGCCGCCACAGUUGAGGUUGAGCAAGAGGAAAAGCUCGAGAAACCCGAAGAUCUGACUCAAGCUGCCACAGUUGAAGUCAAAGAAGAUGGAGAAGCUCGAGAAACCCGAAGAUCUGACUCAAGCUGCCACAGUUGAAGUCAAAGAAGUGGAGAAGCUCGAAAAACCCGAAGAGCAGACUCAAGCUGCCACAGUUGAGGUCAAGCAAGACGAAAAGCUCGAGAAACCCGAAGAUCUGACUCAAGCUGCCACAGUUGAAGUCAAAGAAGUGGAGAAGCUCGAAAAACCCGAAGAGCAGACUCAAGCUGCCACAGUUGAGGUCAAGCAAGACGAAAAGCUCGAGAAACCCGAAGAUCUGACUCAAGCUGCCACAGUUGAAGUCAAAGAAGUGGAGAAGCUCGAGAAACCCGCAGAGCAGACUCAAGCCGCCACAGUUGAGGUUGAGCAAGAGGAAAAGCUCGAGAAACCCGAAGAUCUGACUCAAGCUGCCACAGUUGAAGUCAAGCAAGAGGAAAAGCUCGAGAAACCCGCAGAGCAGACUCAAGCCGCCACAGUUGAGGUUGAGCAAGAGGAAAAGCUCGAGAAACCCGAAGAUCUGACUCAAGCUGCCACAGUGGAAGUCAGGGGGGUAGAGAAACCUGGUGAAGCCGAACAAACGCUGACCGUUGAACUUUUCUUCAGCAGACAACAAAGCACAGCCGGACUCGAGAUCGACCUGGUCGUCGACACUUUCGAGAGCGAAGAGAAAUCAUUGAAGAGUGCGCGCAAGGAUGUUUCGAUAACAGAGAAGAACGAGCGAGUUGUCGAACUGGUCGAAGAUGAGACUCAAGCCGCCACAGUUGAGGUUAAGCAGGAGGAAAAGCUCGAGAAACCCGAAGAUCUGACUCAAGCUGCCACAGUUGAAGUCAAAGAAAGUGGAGAAGCUCGAAAAACCCGAAGAGCAGACUCAAGCUGCCACAGUUGAGGUCAAGCAAGACGAAAAGCUCGAGAAACCCGAAGAUCUGACUCAAGCUGCCACAGUUGAAGUCAAGCAAGAGGAAAAGCUCGAGAAACCCGAAGAUCUGACUCAAGCUGCCACAGUUGAAGUCAAAGCAAGUGGAGAAAGCUCGAGAAAACCCGAAGAUCUGACUCAAGCUGCCACAGUGGAAGUCAGGGGGUAGAGAAACCUGGUGAAGCCGAACAAACGCUGACCGUUGAACUUUUUCUUCAGCAGACAACAAAGCACAGCCGGACUCGAGAUCGACCUGGUCGUCGACACUUUCGAGAGCGAAGAGAAAUCAUUGAAGAGUGCGCGCAAGGAUGUUUCGAUAACAGAGAAGAACGAGCGAGUUGUCGAACUGGUCGAAGAUGAGACUCAAGCCGCCACAGUUGAGGUUAAGCAGGAGGAAAAAGCUCGAGAAAACCCGAAGAUCUGA